AAUGGACUGGACCCAUGUACAUGAGGCUACCUGCAGCUAGCUUUGGCCAUGCAGUCCUGAUGCCUCCUGAUGUCCAGCGAUGCUAGAUCUAACUGUGGAAGGUUUGCAGCAAGAAAUUGCCCGGCUUCACUUGCAGCUUUUGGCUAAGGAGACUGUGCAUUGUCAUGUUCUUGCUGCAGCAUCAAAGCUUUGGAGCAGCCACGAGAUCCGGAACGCAUCUUCGACGUGCAAAGAGGUGCAAACAGAAGAAGUUGAGAUCCAAGGAGUUCCAUUCUCUGAGACUGGGGCGACCCUGGCCUCUACUUUCAGCCUUGAUCAUGAGACGCUUCCGGACCACGGUGAUUCUGAGAUACUAUGUGACGACGAGGCCAUGAUGCGAUUGCUACGUGAAUUGCACAAGGAAUUGGGCGAAACCCAGUCCAAAGCCGGAGAUGCAGCACCUCAAAGUGCUUCAAGCAAGCUACCCAUAGAUCCCUGUCGCCUAGAGGAGCUUGUUGCUGCACGCCUCAGCAAAUGGGUGUAUUGCACUGAUGGUAUUUCUGAGCCGAUCCCGGACCUUCCUGGUGUGUCACUUUCUGCUGGAUGUGUUAGCGAAGAGCUACAGACUGGGAGCGUGAAAAUGGCGCUGGUCACAGCAGAGCUCCCAGGUGACCACAAGACGCUGUUCGUCAUUUUCAAGGGGACCUCCUACUUGCUGGAUGUAGUGAACUGGAAUAUGGAGCACGACUACGAAGUGAUCGGAGAUGGAAACCAUUUCAUGCACAAGGGAGCUGCCGGAAUCAUGAGGAAUAUCGUCUUCAUGAAAGUCCGGCCGUCCUCAGACUUCGCCAGAAGACUUGAGCAGGCGUACAAAGAAGGGGUGCGCAACAUCGUUUUGGCUGGACACUCGCUUGGUGGCAUGUAUGCCAUGGCUGGCAUGUACUUUGCUUUUCAGGAGCUGCAAAUUUUACUGCCAGACCGCUGCCGUUUGCGUGGGGAUGCCCGAAAGCUGCUGCGAACAAUCCGCUGCGUCACAUUUGGAUCGCCAAUGUGCUUUGGUGCUGACUCUGAAGAUCGUGAUGAGAAGUUUGCCAGGUUUGAGGAAUUUGCCCGGGAGCGAUGCGUGAAUUUCAUCAACGCAGGCGACCCAUGCCCCCGGGCCUGGUCUGCAGUAAGCCCUCGAGAUGUCAUUCGUGAAGCGGCCGAGUACAUGAAAGAGCAAGCCAAGGAGAGGAAUAUGGUCAGUGGACGAAUUGCUGCCAAAGUGAUUCAUGCGGCAACCAGUGCCUUGCUGGCUCGACAAGACACAGAUCAUCUCGUUGGCUCCUCACAGGGCUUCAAACACCUCUCCACAAUUCGCUUGCUCACCCGUGAGGAUAAAGAGCACAUUCAUUGGCAACGAGACUUCUCUUUGGCGCCACGGGGGUUUGGAGACCAUUCAAUGUCUGAGUACUGCGAUCUACUUUUUGAUGCUUGCUACGCCACCGAGCCAAGCUGCCACAUGUAUGACGAGUUUGGAACCAAGCUGGUGGUCACCCGCAUCAGGCCAAGCUUCGUGGCCCGGCUUCUGUGGACAUCAAACUCGGCUUCGGAAAUUCAACCUGAACAGCCUGAACCUGCUCAAACCGAGCAGCAAAUUGAACACGUGACGGACGCGCCUUCUCUUCGCAGCUUGCUCGAUGCAUUGGAUGCUGGCAAACUAGAUUCCGAAGGAAAGGCAGUUUCAGAAGCAUUGGCGAGCUACAAAACCAAGGUGGCUGCCCAAGGCCACUUUAGCUUGGGUGCCAGAUGGCUCUUGAUCGACGAUCCUAUUGAACGGGAUGCUGUCGUGAAUGCCAUUCACAGGUACCAGAACACAUGGCCCGAGAGCCUGGAGGCAAAGGGACGGCUGCAGAUGUCCCUUCGUGAAGCCCAACUACUCCUUUUGGCCCUUGAUGCGUACAAAUCGCAGAAGGAGCGCCAGGACGUGGCACUCCCGGGAAGGACGUGGCACUUACGCCGCUUCUCAGCUUCUGAUGUACAAGCCCAUCAGAGCUUUUGGAGGAAGCCCUCCAUGUAUUUCAAGCAGUGGCGUAGAAGCGGCCAGUAGUUUGUGAAAAUGAUGCGUGAUGAGAGACAUCUUGGACAUGUGAUGGAAAGAAUGGACAGUCACUGGCGUUCUCAAGCAUUGACCUUGGCUUGUUGAAUUCAAGCGUCACACGCUCAGAAGGCAAUCUUGCAAACCCAUGUGUUAAUAGUCCAGGCAUGAAACUUGAAACGCGGAAAGGUGCUUUGCACUGUCAAGGCCUGUGGACUUUUUC